AUGCUAGCUUUCACACUGCGGCAGCUUCGAAGCCCGGGCCCUGCAUACCGAGCAGCAUCAGCGGUGAGAAGAAUCGGAGAAGGCUCUUCAUCAUAUCCUGCUCAACCAGGCUCUUCAUCGGGGAGACAAAGGCCAACUCUCUUCGAUUCUCCUCCGAGCUCGCAAGCCUCGGGCUCGGAUCCGCGUUCUCAGUACCAGAGCAGAGGUAGAGCGCCCGUGUCCGAGGCUACAAUGCAGGUGCCAAUCAGGGGGCCGCCGCCUGCUGGCGAACCCCAACAAGAACCUCCGAUGCGAAGACCUCUGCCCAAGACACCUGAGAGGAAGGGGGAAGGCUUCUUAGACCGCUUCAGUCCCAAGAAGCGGGAAAAGUAG